ACCACACAGCGGCUUGUCCUCAGACCCGGAGCGCGGCUGCGUCAGGUUUACGUGAACGUGCUGCGCUGCGCACAAAAUAACAGAACAUACGAAGUCGGAGGAAGUAGAGCGACGUCCGCCGCUGCAAUUAGAUCCACUCAAUCAGCAGAAUUGACAGCAGAUGUGAAUUCAUGUCUGUAUUUCCCCCGCAUAUAUAUUGCCCAGUGUUUGUGCCCGGCCGAGAGAUGACUGGGGUGAUGAUCAACGGCACCCCCAUGGAGGACAUGAGGCUCAGCCCCAGCAAGGACCGACUCUCCUUCCAGAUAUUCCCAGACCCCUCAGACUUUGAGCGUUGCUGUAAGCUCAAAGACCGUCUGCCAUCCAUCGUGGUCGAGCCGACGGAGGGAGAAGUGGAGAGCGGGGAGCUCCGCUGGCCUCCAGAGGAGUUUCUGAUCAUCGAGGAGGAGGAUGAAGAAGAGCAGCAGGCGGCGCAGGCACAGAAUAAUGGCGACAUCCAAAAUGGACAGCCGACACAGGAGCCCCAUCACUAGAGGCUGCUGCAGCGCCCACACUCUGCUUCCGCCUUCUGACCGACUCCUCUUCACUCCAAACUGCCAGACACACACUCGGUGUCUCUUGAUGCCGCCUUGUUGCCCUGACAUCAAAGCAAUACACACUUUCCUCACAACCAUUUAUCCACCAGGACUGCAAACUCUCCAAAUCCCACCUGAAGAGAACAGAUGCCUGCAGCCUCCAUCGGCUCCUUCACGCCUGCCGCCGUGCGUCCGGCCCGGAUGUCCUGGUGGACGUCGGCAGCUCGGCGCUCCGCGGACGGUUCUCUGUACCUGCAGGAGGCCGACGCCGCUCUGGGCUCGACUCAAACGGCCGGCGUCGAGACCUCUGAGACUUCAUCCUUGCGUACAGAACUGUUGGGGCGCUCUCGCCUCCAGAAACUCGUUCCAUCCCUGUGCUCCGUUCCUGGAUGAUAUGUUAAGUAUUGUGAUCGUCUGGUUCUGAGACGUGAAUGUUUUGUUCUGUUUUUUGAGAAGUGGAUGUUGUGUGUAAACUCUCACUAGGAUCCCAACCCCCUCGUCAAAAAGAUCAUUUGACUUUGUCGGCAUUCAGUUAAACAGCGAGAGAAAGGAGAACUCCACCAGCGUUCCCUGCUUGAGCAUAAACUGUACAAGGGCUUGUUGAGCAGCACGGUGAGGUCAUCACGGUGACCUCUUGUGACGGACGGUACCGGGAUGACAAAGUGAAAUAGUCAACGUUGAGAACAAAAGCAGGUUUAUCGUUUCAUUGGGGAAAACUGAGCAAGGACUGCCAAAUGUAUUGAAACAUGUUCUUGUUUGAAAAAGCAGUUGAUGAAGCAAUGUGCAGGCCCGAUGAAGGAUGUGUAAAUACGUUGUUCCCAGUGACCCCUGAGGCCUUCUAGUGCGCUGAUCUCGUCUGUACUGUGGUUUGGUUAACUUUUUAGAGAAACCCAGUGGGAACUAAGUCUUUCCUAGUCUUCCGUUUUUGAAAAACGCCUACUUUUGACACGUUAUAUUUGACUUAAACUCCGGCGAUACAAUACUUUCACAGUUUGCCGUUAGCUGUUUAUGAGACAUUGAAUCGGUUGUCUGGUAGCGAUGUCUGUUUGAUUUGUCUGUUGGCAAUUUCAGAAUUGUGUGUUGUGCACUCUUUAAAUCACCACUCAUUGUUUGUGGAACAAGUUGUUAGUCAGUUUGUAGAAAAUACUUCCCUUUGUGUACACCGUAUGAAAUCCUGUUGUACAAGUUUGAGAUGUCUAUAAUUUUUGUAAAUUCUCAUUUGAGUGGCAUUCGGGCUGCGUACAGAACAUCUCUCUCCUGUCACCUACAGGUCCCACAUUGUUUUUGUAACGCUCAGGGAGACUAGCCGCCGUCUUUCUUUUGUUCUUAGACCACUUUUCUCUGACUGUUACAGAGGCUGUAAAUAAACAUUUGACUUUGCUAUCCAA